GGGGACGUGUGGGAGAAUAAAAACACCCGGCGAGGCGGAUUUAUAUUCAACCAAAGCGUGUUCACUUCUGGCAUCGGAACGUUUUUGUUUUUCGUACCACACGGAACCGGUAGCGAUGGGGACGGAAACCAGAUCUGUAAACAAACGUAGGAACUCUUGUUAGCGAGCAGCAGUCCGAGUUCACCCAGCAGACUGACGCACGUGUGCACAACCACCGUGGACCAGGCGCGAGGAAGAUGUUUAAAAAUACGUUUCAAAGCGGAUUCUUGUCCAUUUUAUACAGCAUCGGCAGCAAACCCCUUCAGAUCUGGGACAAAAAGGUGAGGAAUGGUCACAUCAAGAGAAUCACAGACAAUGACAUCCACUCACUGGUGUUGGAGGUGGAGGGGACAAACGUCAGUACCACGUAUAUAACAUGUCCCGCAGACCCCAAGAAGACAUUGGGCAUCAAGCUUCCCUUUCUCGUUAUGAUCAUCAAAAAUCUCAAGAAAUAUUUCACCUUUGAAGUCCAGGUGUUAGAUGAUAAAAACGUCCGCCGGCGUUUUCGAGCGAGUAACUAUCAAAGCACGACACGAGUGAAGCCGUUUAUCUGCACCAUGCCUAUGAGGCUGGAUGAUGGCUGGAACCAGAUUCAGUUCAACCUGUCGGACUUCACCAGGAGGGCCUACGGAACCAAUUACAUCGAGACGCUGCGAGUACAGAUCCACGCUAACUGUCGAAUAAGGAGAGUGUAUUUCUCGGACAGACUGUACUCAGAGGACGAGCUCCCAGCUGAGUUUAAACUCUACCUGCCUGUCCAGAACCAGAAAGCAAAGCAGUAAAGAUUCUCAUCCUGCACUGUUCCACCGGACCCAAUGUUGAGUUUCACUAUAAGAUUUUCUGUGUGUAUUAAUAUGAUGAACUUUGUAAUUUUGAAACAAUGAGUUUUGAGUGUCGUCCUGUGUUGCUCUCUGCAAAAUAAAGUUUUUUAUGAUCUGUC